AUGUCUAUAAUUAUUUCUAAUUCGAAACAAUAAAGAAAACUCCCAUUACUUAAGGAUUAUACAAAGUAAAAGAAAGAGAUGUUGAAAACAUUUUUUACAACCAAAACUAGCAGAUCUGAAUCAAGAUCAAAGUAAACUCAUGAGGUUUUUAAAGAGGAAAAGUCCUAUUAUUUUGAUGAUAGCAUAAAGCAACAAAAGAAGGCUAUUUAUCUAUCAUAAAAGCUUAUUAGAAUAACUCCCCGCAUCUUUCCUGCAAAGACUGAUCCUUAAAUUAACCAGAGUGAAGAGAUAAGUGAAGAUAGUUCUGAGAAAUCAAAUAGUAGUGUCGAUGCUUUUGAUCUAGACAAACACAAGGAGCAUGUUAAAAAUAAAUUAAAUAAAAUUAACGAAGAAUCAUAUUUUGGGUUCUUGAAGAACUAAAACAAAUUGAGAGACGUAGCUUAGCAUUUCAUAAACGAAGAGGGAAUGAAUCCGAUUUACUAUUUUUGUGUUCAUGACAGUUUGUUUCCCAAAAGAAUUGACUUAACAAAUUGCUUGGUUGAUAAAAAAGAGAUGAAUUUCACCAAUUUAGGCAUAGGUUCUAAAUAUUAUCCAAUUUUGACUACCUUAUUGAAAUAAUAAAAGAGUUAGAGAAUUAAAUAACUAUUUUUAAGUGAUAACAACUUAAAGGACUCAGAAUUAGGUAUGAUUGUCGACUGCAUACCUCUUUCUUUAAAAGAAUUAAAAAUUUCAAAUAAUAAAUUAGGUAAAGGAGGAGCCGUGCUUCUUGAAAAAUUAAUCACAACUCAUAAAAGGUAUCUAUUCUUAUUGUUUUAUAGCAUCAAAUACAUAAAUGUUGCCAAUAACACUUUAGGAGAUUAAGGAAUUUAAAUAUUAUUAAAUGCUUUGAUGAAAAAUAACUCAGUUACUAGAUUGAACCUAUCAGAAAAUGGUUUAACCGAUUCUAUUUCAAAAACUUUGUAUAACUUCUUAGUGAGUAAUAAAACAGUGGAAGUCUUAAUGUUAAAUUGGAAUUACUUGGGAUCCAUAUCUGGCUAAUCUAUUGCAAAAGGAUUGGCCAAUAAUAAAUCAUUAAAAGUGAUAGACUUAAGUUAUAAUCACUUGGGAUAGAAUAAUUGCAUGAUCUAUUGGAGUGAGAUCAUUUCAAAUCCAAAGAUGUCACUUAUACAUAUUGAUCUAUCAUAUAAUCAAUUUAGCGAAUAAUAAUUAAGAAUCUUGAAUGAUGCUUUGAAAAAAAACAAUUAGAUCUAUGGAUUGCAUAUUGAAGGGAACAAAUGUGCUGCAUAUGUAGAUCCUAAUGGAUUCAUUCAAUUUGCUAAUAAUGGAUCACAAUUUUAAGGAAAUCCUUUCAGAUUAUAAUAAAAGAAGUAUGAAAUAGAUGGUGUAAAUUUUAUACCUGAAUUAAAUGAUGGAUUGUUAGGUAGUGAUUGUUGCUGGAUUUGCUAAGGGUGGAUGGAGUUUAAAUUUAAUUACACUCCAGAUGAUUUUAACGGUGAUGUGCCAAUCUUUCUCCAUCUUGAUUUUUUAGAUUAUAAACCAAUUCCAAUGACAUCGAGCUUAGAAUUAAAGGAAUAGAUGAAAUAAUAAAGAAAAAGCAAAUCUGUUGAGCAACCAUAAUUAACAACUGGCGAAAUAAUUUAUCAAUUAAAGUAAGUAAUAAAUGAUGAUAAAAAAAUAACUAUGGCUGCAAUCCAAGAAGCUUAUGACAUGGAAACAAAGGAUGAAGUUGUGGAUGAAAGAUUAUUAGAUGAUCUUGAUUAAUUUUAUUAUACUACCUAUUAGAUGUGUCCACCUAAAAGAAGGAUCCUGUACUUCUUUAGUAAUCCAAUGUCUGAGGACUAUUUUAUAGAUAAAAAUUCAUUAAGUAUGUAAUCCCCCCCUGAUGAUUUAAUAUUGCAAGGCAAGGAUACUAAAUUUCAAUAUCAUUAAUUUGCAGAUGGAACUAAGGUUAAAUUUAAGAAGAUUAAUUAAAUUAAUUAUUUAUUGUCUAAACAGGAAUACGUAAUAGACGAUAAAAACGAUUAUAAACCAUUGGUUAAAAUAUUUCCUCGAUCUGCUCAAAAAAAAUACAUUUUGAGGAAAUUUGCAAAUAAUUCAAUCAGAAAGAAAGUUAAUAUAAUAUUUUGGAUUAAGGAAGAUUCAUCUUUUAAAUAAUUUUAGAGCGAUAAUGAUAAUUUAUUGGACAGCUGUUUAGAUUUUGAUUGGUAAUGUAGUAAGAUUACUAGAUUUGUUAGAAAUGAGUAUGAAAGAACUAAGAUGAAAGAAUAUUUCAGACAACAAUAUUAAUUAUUAAAAGAUGUAUAUAAGUACCUUUCAAGUUUUGGACAUUAACCUCCUUAAUUUGAUAUGUUUUGCAUAUAAUAUCCCUAAUUCUAAAAGUUAGUAUAAUAAGUAGGAUUAGUUGAUGGAGUUGACUUGAAAAUCUAGGAUGUAGAGAGCAAUUUAAUUUCAAUAAAGAAUAAUGUAGACAAUAAAUUCAUAUACAAUCCAGAUUAAGCUCUGAUUAGAUACUAAUUCAUAGAGAGUCUUUACAGAUUGGCUCUUGAUAAAUAUGUAAGGACAAAUACUGUCAAGAAUGCAGCUGAUGCAGUAUAUCGAUUAUUAAAGGAAUUCAAGCCUUACUUCAAUAAUUUUGAUUCCACUCAGGAUUGGAGACAGAAGAGAUUGUGGAAUAAGGAGUGUGACACUUUAAUAACAUUCAAGAUGGGAUUCUUGAAGAAACUAUAUGAUUAUGCUACAGAUAUCAGCAACAGAAGAUGGUAUUUUAAAUUAAAAUGGAUUUCCAUUAAAGAAUUUAAAGAGUUUUGUAAACAGAUUGGAUUGAAUGAAUAUUUGAAUGAUAAAUAGCAAGUCAUAAUCUACAAUUUCUCUAUGAUGUCAUAGGUGGAUGAACUUAAUUAAGAUAGAAAUGUUAGAAUGUCUCUCAUAGAAUUUAUAGAGUCACUAGGGAGAAUGGCAGAAAGAAUAAGUCCAGCUCCAAUUGGGGAGAGAGUGUCGGAAUGGACAUAUGAGUAAAGAACCACCUUGCCUUUGCAUGUGAAAUUAGAGUCAUUGCUAACAUAUAUUUAUAUUAUAGUUAAUAAAAAAGGAGCCUUUGAGUCCUUUAAUGAUGUGUUUGGAGAUGAAUAAUAAUAGAAAGUUCAAUUCAUGCCAGCUCCAGAAUCUGUAAUAAAUGAUGAAGAGUAUUCCAAUACCAUAGAAACUUUAACUACUUAUAAUACAUUGUCUUAUAUGAAUCUCCAUAAACAACCAUACCUAAAUCCAGAUUAUGUACAUUUCUUGCAAAAUCCGGUGCCCAAUCAGCCAAAAUUUCAUGGUCCUCUUUUGGUUAGAAGAUUUUCAAGAGCAGAUAGGAAAAAUAAAUGA